UCAUAUUGGCCGGAUGUCAUGUUAUUGCUCCAGAACUGCUGUCAUGUGAUGAAAAUCAAGGCGAGAAGGGAAACCAAGGGACGAGUUUCAUUUCUUAACCCAUAGAACUGAGUUUAUUCCUCAUAUUUACAAACCUGGAGGAUAGACAAACUGGAUAUUGAACUCGGUUUGCUUGGCAGAAAGCCGAGGAUUCCAAGUGGAUAUCAUGGGUUGCUGUUACAGCAGCGAGACCGAGACAACCGAGCAGGAUCGAGAUGAAAGGAAACCAUUGAUCCCUCACCCCAAUCCUGAUAGCAAAACAAUCAAUGGCACUGAGCGUAAUCCAGCGAACCUUCCCUCCACUCGGACUGAUGAGCAGGCUCUUCUCACCUCCAUCCUUACCAAGACAGCACUGAAUAUAAUCGACGUUUCUGCAGCAGAUUCUCAAGGAAUGGAGCAGCAUGAGUACAUGGACAAGGCUCGGCAAUACAGUACAAAACUGGCAGUUUUGAGUAAUACCCUGUCACAGAAGAAGCCCGCCCCCCUUCCCUCCCUUACCAGUCAACCACAUCAAGUGCUUGCCAGUGACCUUGUGUCAUAUUCCGACAUGCAACAGGUUUCGAAGAUAGCUGCUUACGCAUACAGUGCAAUUUCACAGAUCAAGGUGGAUGCAAAAGAAGAACUGGUUGUGCAAUUUGCAAUUCCCUGAUCUGCGUUGUUGCUGCUCCCUUUUGUCCUCUGUCUCUUGUACAGUUUUUUUUUUUUUUUUUUUUUCUCCUUUCUUUCUGCAACUGCAAUCCCUUUCUACUCAAGCUGCCAGCAGUACACAUCCGAUGGAGCUGCAACAACCGACAGGAAACCAGGCUCCAAAAUCAGCUCGCACUGUACAGGAUUUCCCUGAAAACAUGAUUUUUCAAUCUAUCCCGGCAAGCUGUUGAGGAAUCUAAAAAAAUUCAAAAUACAGUGGUAAGGUGGUGUUAAGUCUAAAGAUUGGGUUCCUUACUUUUUAAUCAUUUAAAUUAGCAUUGUUCAUUUAUUUUUUGUUUUGUUUUUUUGAAAAGGGUCGAGCUCAAUAAUAAAAUGUAAACCAUGUGAAGUUGGACAGGGGCCAUGUUGUUGAGCGGUCUGAAACCUGUUUCUUGAAGAGUAGCUGGUGUGAGAAUGUGACUGCAGUGGGUUAAUGUUGUCACUUUACACCCAUGCACAACAGCAGCUAGUUGGCCACGGGAGGGUCAGACAGCCUCAAAAGGGGUGGCUGUCAUCCGUAGAGCAUUAAUCUAACACCGCAAACCCCACACAGCCAUUCACCCUAAAUCUCAGCCUCCGUGUGAAGGGAGGAUUGGCUUGGAAAAAAAAAAAAGAACACAAGAUCAAGUGAGGGCCUUUGGCCAUAAUGUUUACAAACAGCCCUUAGCCUCUCUAGUUUUCCUCAGAUUUGCUUUAAGUCUACAAGAACUAAGAUAUUAACUGUCACCAUCCACAUCAUACAUACAAGAGUAAAGGCCUGUGAAAUAUGAAAUGCAAUAAUAGUGUAGUGCAGAUUUUUUACUUUUCCAGUGUAAAGACGUAAUAGACAGCUAACGGUGUGUAUGCACCUCCCCUUCAGCUACAGGAGUUUGCAGAAGAUGGAGAUGGUAAUUGGAGAUGGUAAAUACACCAUUCUAGUGAAAUAAUCAGGGAGCUACAGUAUGACAGUCUUAGGUUUUUAUAAUAAAAAAUGAAAAAAUUCCAGUUUUUUCCAUUUUUAUGAAAAAGAAAAUGGGAGUUUUUUGGUUUUUUUUUUUACUUUAACCUAAAAUUGGCAAUCCAUUUCUAAGUGUUACACCAUCAGUGAGCUGUGUACUUUGAAAAUAUUGAAGUUAACUUCAUAGAAUACCAUUAUUUAUUUCUUUUAAAUUUAUUUAUACUCACUUUCUCUCUGUUCUGUUGAGCAGAUUUGCAGUGCAAUGGCAAGCACUUUUGGGGUUUUAAAGGGAUAUACCGUAGGGAUGCAAAAAAAAACAUUUUAUUUUUCAGCUUCUUGCAGUGUGCUAAAAGUAUUUUUUUCAUUUUUUCAAUUAACAUGUAAUAUGACCUGAAUUGUUUAUUACUUCAGCUAGCACCAACAAAGUUUAUUAAAAUAUUCUAAUGCCCAUUUUCAAUUUAAUUACAUGAUGCAUUAAAAUUUUCAAACAUAAAAA